GCAGGACUGCCCACGUCCGUCAUCAUACUGGAUUCUCUCACCGACGACGGCUGAGAAUGGGGACCCCUCCAUGUGACAAGUGAGGAAAGUGAGGCCUAGAGGGGAGCAGGGCCAGGCCCCUUGACUCCAGAGUUGCAGCUUCCCAUCAACGUCAUGCUGUGCUGUCAUCUUGCUCCAGAUACCUGGAUCUCAGGCCUGGCCUGAGCAGUCAACACCAGGAUGCCAGGAGCAGGGGGCUGCGGGCAGCUCAGAAAGCCCCGGGACCACGCAUGGGGGUCACCUUGUGAGCUGAUCUCGCCACUCCAGCCAUUUAUACCUGGGAGCUCACCUUCUGGCUGCACAGAGCAAUUGCGUUUCCUACGAGCCCCUGCCUGUGUUUCCACCAUCACACACGGUACUGACGGGAGCUGGAAGGGCCUGGGGUUGCUCUGCCUCCCCGGGUGUUAGAGAAGUUCUCCAGGACAGAGACAAAGUCUGUCCCAUUGUCCCUUUGACGCCGCCCCCCUGAAAGGAGUAGAUGCUCAAGAUGCGAUGGUCGUGUUCAUUUAUUCAUCAGUCACCACAUCCCUCACCCGGGGGUGGGGGACCCCUCCCCUCUUUCUCCCCUUGAGGUUCCACCACCCGCCCCUCCUGCGUCCCACUCCUGGAGGGACGGCCCCUCAUCUAGAGGCUGUGAUUGUCCAGGCAGUGCCUGCUUUCCUGUUGUGGACAGCUGUGCGAGAGAGACAGGUCACAGGGAGGGAGCCAGGAGGCGAGAGUUGGGUCCUCCUUGCUCUUUGCGACCCCCACUGGGUCCCCGUCUGGAAAGUUGAACUGUUUAUUCUCCAAGGAGCACACCAGCUCCAACAGCACGUGAGUGUCAAGUUCCUCUUCUGCGGUCAGUCACCUUUCUGACCUCAGCCUGGGCUUCCUGGUGGGGCUUCCUCUCAGUCCUGUGACACCAAGGCCCUGUGGCUCGUCCCCCCAAAGAUGCCGCUGCUGCUGCUCCUGCUGCUGCUGUGGCCGCCCCUGCUGUGGGCAGCAGAGUGGGGCAAAGAGAGCUGGGACGGGUGGCCAGGGCCCCGGGCUCGUGACCUGAGAUACCAGCUGCGAGUGCAGGAGUCUGUGACGGUGCAAGCGGGCCUGUGUGUCUCUGUGGCCUGUACCUUCUCCUAUCCUUUGGACGAAUGGCGUGAUGCUGACCCAGCUUACGGCUACUGGUUCCGAGAAGGUACAAAUACAGACCGUGGUGCUCCUGUGGCCACAAACCACCCAGAUCGUGAAGUGGAGGCGAAGACCCAGGGACGAUUCCACCUCCUCCAGGACAUUAGGAACUACAGCUGCUCCCUGGACAUCAGAGACGCACAGAGAGGAGAUGAGGGGAAAUACUUCUUUAGGGUGGAAAGAGGGCCUCGUGUGAGAUAUAAUUACAUAGAGAACCAACUCUCUGUGAUUGUGCCAGCUCUGACAGAGACACCUGACAUCCACAUCCAGGAGACCCUAGAAGCAGGCAACCCCAAGAACAUUACCUGUACUGCACCAUGGGCCUGUGAGAGGGGGACGCCCCCCACCUUCUCCUGGUUCGGGGUGGCCCUCACCUCCCAGGGCCCCAAGAUUCCCCGUACCUCGGUGCUCACCCUCACCCCACAGCCCCAGGACCAUGGCAGCAACCUCACCUGUCGAGUGACCUUACCCGGAGCUGAUGUGAGCGCAGAGAGAACCAUCCAGCUCAACGUGUCCUAUGCACCCCAGAGCCUGACCAUCAGCGUGUUCCAGAAAGAAGGCACAGGUAGGGUGCAACCUCUCCUCUUCAGGGCCUGUGAUGGAAGCGGGGUCUGUCUCCUCCCUUCAGAGCAGAGCUGAGGUUCAGAGCUCAGAUGGGAGAAAGGCUCAGGCCAGGUGUGGGCUCCGCAGAUGGGGGAAGCCCCCGACUCGAUCAUCAGCUUACAACCUGGUCUCACACUACCCCUGACCCUGCUCUCAGGGGGUUUGCAUGGCCUCUUCCAUGUCCAAUGGAUGUGCUGUCCCCAUGCCAGGGACGCUUCCUCAUCCAAAAUCCUGCCCUCAUUCCCCUUAGGGUCUGGACCCUGCCUCCUCUCCACCUUCCCUGGAUCAUUUUAAUGUUAGUGUCUAAAACAGGAAGCAUAAAAUGUGCCUCAGUCUGCUCGGGCCGCCAUUGCAAUAUGCCACACACUAGGGGGGCUUAAACAACAGCAAUUUAUUUCUCACAGUUCUGGCGGUCGGAAGUCCAAGAUCAAGGUGUCAGCCUUUAGGUUCCUGGUGAGGGCUCUCUUCGUGCCUUGUAGACGGCCACCUCCUGGCUGUGUCCUCACAGGCCUGAGAAAGUCAGUUCCCUGGCGUCUCUUCUUAUAAGGGCACCACUGUCAUCAUAAGAGCCCCAUUAGCAUGACCUCGUCUGACCCCAAUAACCUCCCAAAGAUCCCUCCAGAUACCUCCAAAUACCAUCACACUGGGGGUUAGGGCUUUGACACAUGAAUUUGGGGGAAAUUCAAUUCAGUCCUUAGCAAAAUUUAGUAGGAAUAAAACAGUAUUCAGAACCUGCGUACGUCCCUCUUGGUUAUCUUCCCAAAUAUAACCUACGCAUAUACAUUUUUUUUUUUGAGGAAGAUUA